AUGCUUUCCUUCCAAGGGUUAGCGGAGUUGGCUCAUCGUGAAUAUCAGGCAGGAGACUUUGAAGCAGCAGAGAGACACUGCAUGCAGCUUUGGAGACAAGAGCCUGAUAAUACUGGUGUGCUUUUAUUACUAUCGUCCAUUCACUUCCAGUGUCGCAGGUUGGACAGGUCUGCUCACUUCAGCACUUUGGCUAUUAAACAGAAUCCACUGUUGGCCGAAGCUUACUCGAAUCUAGGCAAUGUGUACAAGGAACGUGGACAGCUCCAAGAAGCUAUUGAACAUUAUAGACAUGCACUACGCCUCAAACCAGAUUUCAUUGAUGGAUAUAUUAAUUUGGCUGCUGCGCUGGUAGCUGCAGGUGAUAUGGAAGGAGCAGUACAGGCUUAUGUGUCUGCCCUUCAGUACAACCCUGACUUGUACUGUGUUCGUAGUGACCUGGGGAACCUGCUCAAAGCCCUGGGUCGCUUGGAAGAAGCCAAGGCCUGUUACUUAAAAGCAAUUGAGACUCAACCAAACUUUGCAGUGGCUUGGAGUAAUCUUGGCUGUGUGUUCAAUGCCCAAGGAGAAAUUUGGCUUGCAAUUCAUCACUUUGAAAAGGCUGUAACACUUGACCCAAAUUUUUUGGAUGCAUACAUCAAUCUGGGAAAUGUCCUGAAGGAGGCGCGGAUAUUUGACAGAGCUGUAGCAGCUUAUCUACGGGCCUUGAGUUUGAGUCCAAAUCACGCAGUUGUGCACGGCAACCUUGCCUGUGUGUAUUACGAGCAAGGACUAAUAGACCUAGCAAUAGACACCUACAGGAGGGCUAUUGAACUACAGCCCCACUUCCCUGACGCCUACUGUAACUUGGCCAACGCCUUGAAGGAGAAGGGCAGUGUGGUAGAAGCAGAAGAAUGCUACAAUACAGCUCUUCGACUUUGUCCCACUCACGCAGAUUCUCUCAAUAAUCUAGCAAACAUCAAACGGGAGCAGGGGAAUAUUGAGGAAGCUGUCCGUCUUUAUCGGAAGGCUCUUGAGGUGUUUCCAGAGUUUGCUGCUGCGCAUUCAAAUUUAGCAAGUGUUCUGCAACAGCAAGGAAAGUUACAGGAAGCUCUGAUGCAUUACAAAGAGGCUAUUAGAAUCAGCCCCACAUUUGCAGAUGCUUAUUCUAAUAUGGGAAAUACUUUGAAGGAGAUGCAGGAUGUGCAAGGAGCUCUGCAGUGCUACACUCGUGCCAUUCAGAUAAACCCAGCUUUUGCUGAUGCCCACAGCAACCUGGCCUCUAUUCACAAGGAUUCAGGGAAUAUACCAGAAGCCAUUGCCUCUUACCGCACUGCUCUGAAACUGAAACCUGAUUUCCCAGAUGCCUACUGCAAUUUGGCCCACUGUUUGCAGAUUGUCUGUGACUGGACAGACUAUGAUGAAAGAAUGAAGAAGCUGGUUAGCAUUGUAGCUGAUCAGCUGGAGAAAAACAGACUGCCUUCUGUCCACCCGCAUCAUAGCAUGCUGUAUCCCCUUUCUCACAGUUUUAGGAAGGCUAUUGCUGAGAGACAUGGAAAUCUGUGUUUGGACAAGAUUAAUGUUCUUCAUAAGCCACCAUAUGAGCAUCCCAAGGAUUUAAAGGCCAGUGAAGGUCGACUUCGUAUUGGCUAUGUGAGCUCUGAUUUUGGAAACCAUCCAACCUCACACCUAAUGCAGUCAAUCCCAGGCAUGCAUAACCCAGACAAAUUUGAGGUAUUCUGUUAUGCCCUGAGUCCUGAUGAUGGUACAAACUUCCGUGUAAAAGUGAUGGCUGAAGCAAAUCAUUUCAUUGACUUAUCUCAGAUACCAUGUAAUGGAAAAGCAGCAGACCGCAUCCAUCAGGAUGGGAUACACAUUCUCAUUAAUAUGAAUGGUUACACCAAAGGAGCCCGAAAUGAGUUAUUUGCCCUGAGACCAGCACCUAUUCAGGCAAUGUGGCUAGGUUAUCCUGGAACCAGUGGGGCAUUGUUCAUGGAUUAUAUCAUCACAGAUAAAGAAACUUCCCCAGUUGAGGUGGCUGAGCAAUAUUCAGAGAAAUUAGCUUACAUGCCAAACACUUUCUUUAUUGGAGACCACGCCAACAUGUUCCCCCAUCUGAAGAAAAAAGCAGUCAUUGAUUUCAAGUCCAAUGGUCAUAUUUAUGAUAACAGAAUUGUUUUGAAUGGCAUUGACUUGAAGGCUUUCCUUGACAGUCUCCCUGAUGUCAAGAUCGUUAAGAUGAAGUGUCCUGACAGCUGUGACAAUGCAGACGGCAGUGCUGCCCUCAGUAUGCCAGUCAUUCCUAUGAACACAAUUGCAGAAGCUGUGAUCGAGAUGAUUAAUCGUGGGCAAAUCCAGAUAACUAUCAAUGGAUUCAACAUCAGUAAUGGAUUAGCAACUACUCAGAUUAACAACAAAGCAGCAACUGGUGAAGAAGUUCCACGAACUAUAAUUGUUACUACCCGUUCUCAGUAUGGCUUACCAGAGGAUGCUGUUGUAUACUGUAACUUCAAUCAGCUGUAUAAGAUUGAUCCUUCCACUUUGCAGAUGUGGGCUAAUAUCCUAAAAAGAGUUCCAAACAGUGUGCUGUGGCUGCUACGUUUCCCAGCUGUAGGAGAACCCAAUAUUCAGCAAUAUGCACAAAAUUUGGGUCUUUCCCAAAACCGAAUCAUCUUUUCUCCUGUUGCCCCCAAAGAAGAACAUGUGAGAAGAGGCCAAUUGGCUGAUGUUUGUCUAGACACUCCGCUUUGCAAUGGGCACACAACUGGGAUGGAUGUGCUCUGGGCAGGGACUCCGAUGGUCACUAUGCCAGGCGAGACUCUUGCAUCACGAGUUGCUGCCUCCCAGCUUACUUGCCUGGGUUGUCUUGAGCUCAUUGCAAAAAGCAGACAGGAAUAUGAGGAUAUUGCUGUGAAACUGGGAACUGAUCUGGAAUACCUGAAAAAAAUCCGUGGCAAAGUCUGGAAGCAGAGAAUAUCCAGUCCUUUGUUCAACACCAAGCAGUACACAAUGGACCUGGAGCGGCUUUAUCUUCAGAUGUGGGAUCACUAUGCUGCUGGCAACAAGCCAGACCACAUGAUUAAGCCAGUAGAGGCCAGUGAGUCUGCAUGAAGAGAGACUGUGUGCCCACCCAGAACUCUCCAGGAACUGAGCCUCCCAAACACUUCUGCAGAGAUGAUGAGCUAAAAACAGUGCAUUUCUACUUAAUCUGCCUGGUACUCUGUGGCUGAAGUAAUACAUGAUGGUGAUUAAAGCACAGCCAGACUUAUUUCUUGCAUGAUAGGAAAAGACUCAAUGGAGCCUGGGAUCCUUUUAUUCCAUGAGGAAUUUGAAUGGGAUUGAGCCGUGUACAUGUGAGCCUGUGUGUAUGAGUGAUAGUGGUUGCUGGGGGAAGUCUGAACUGCCCAACCAAUUAUAAUUUCAUGGAUUGAUUUAAUCUUCCUAUGAAUCUCUCUCCUUUUACGUGGACUGGGAAUUGGAGCAUUUUAACAUUUGAUUUUUGGUGCUCCAGUUGGUAUAUGUGUGGUUCUCCCAUGACAAGAUUUCCAGCUAGCGAGUGUUGCUCCCUGCAUUAAUUUCUAAACUGUGUGGACUGAAAGGGCAUAUUUGCUGGUGUAGUCUUUUUUUAUAGGUUUUAUAAACCACUUGAGCCUAUAUCAGCCUUUUAAUGUUUGACCUCUGUUUUGGAGCUCUCUGUAAUGUGUUGGUUUAGAUAAGGACUUUGGUUUUUUUGUUUUGUUUUUAAGCUUCACCAAUAACUCAGCUAAUUGGCUUCAUGAUGGCAGCUCCUCUGUUGAAAAACCAAAUUUGAUUUGAAAUUAAUCCUCCCCACAAGUGUUUGAGGUAAACACAAACUGGUGCCAAAUACAGAUCUUUCAGGAAUGAUUGUUAAUUAUGUAUAGAGUCACAGUCCUAGGUACUGUAGCAAAGACUUUAAACAAAAAAUAAAGCUUUGGUUUGCCAGUUUGACUGAUUUGA